UAAAAAAUAUGGCAGCUCACUGUUGACCAAUGUCCGGCGGGAUUAUUCAGAGAAUUUACUGCCAACGCAGAGAACUUUAGAAAAUGGAACAGGUUGGUGGUGUAAUGAUCAAGUCAGCAGGGCGGUACCCAGGCCACCCAGACAAGUUACCCCAAGAGGACAACAUCAAACACAUUGACUGUGCACCAUUCUGGAGAAAGUUUGGGAUCAGGUGGCAGCAGUGUAACAGUGUAUGGCUGGUGAAGGAUAUCUGUGGGAUCAUCUGUGCAGUCUUCACCUACGGCUUGAUCACCUAUGCUGAGUUUGUGGUCAUGUGGAUCCUGAUCUUGCCCGACUUCUCCAAACAUACCACCUAUUAUGCUGUGAACUGCUGUAUAUUCCAAGGGCUGGCAUUCCUGGCAGUGGCCUCACAUGCUCGUGCAAUGUUGACAGACCCAGGGGCUGUACCCAAAGGCAAUGCUACAAAGGAAAAUAUAAUGAAGCUUGGAUUAAAAGAAGGUCAGAUAGUGUACAGGUGUCCUAAGUGUAUCAGUAUCAAACCUGACAGGGCACACCACUGUAGCGUUUGCCGCAGAUGUAUAAAAAAGAUGGACCACCACUGCCCUUGGGUCAACAACUGUGUGGGAGAAAAUAACCAAAAAUAUUUUGUACUUUUCACUCUGUAUAUAUGCCUCAUAUCCUGCCAUGCACUGUACAUGGCAAUCUAUCACUUCAUCUCUUGUAUUGGCCAGGAUUGGAAAGGUGAGCAUGAAGAAUGUGGUCGUUACUCACCAGCAGCUCAGACAGUGUUUCUCAUAUUUCUCAUAUUUGAAGGUGUCUUAUUUGGAAUCUUCACAGCUAUCAUGUGUGGCACACAGAUGGCAGCAGUGUGCUCAGAUGAAACUGGUAUUGAAUCUUUAAAAAGAGAAGAUGCAACUUGGGAGAAAAGAUCAUGGUGGAUGAAUGUAAAAUCCGUGUUUGGACACCCCUUCUCAAUCAACUGGUUCUCACCAUUCCAUACACCAGUGAUAGGAAAACCACAGGCAUACUUGUAUACUGUAUAACAGAAAACAUCUCCAUUACUGCCUGCAAGGAUGUUUAAAACACCACAGGGGACCUUGUCAUCGCAUUGCCUUCUAAAGAAAGUGUCUUGAAUCGCGAGAUGUUGUUCUUGAACCGAGAGUUGAAAGUAAGCGGUUUUGCAGUUUCACAUAGCAGAGAUUGGGUAAAAUUAUUUUCUUUCUAACCAGAAGAGAAGUUGAGUGAUGUAUGUUGAAAGGCAGUCAUUUGGGACUUUAAAUAUUGUUUGACAAAGUGCACAAUACUCUGUUGGUGCAUUUCUCACAAUACCUUGGCUAAUUGGUAGUCAGAUAUAUGCACAUGUAUCAUGUCUUGAAGAUAUUAAAAACGCAGGGUUGUCAGGUUCCAUCUGACAUUCAGCAGGGUUUUUUUUUUUUUUUUUUUUUUUUUUUUUUUUUUUUUGCCCUUGCCCCUAAUCCCCCUUUUUCCCACUUCUCCCUCGUCAUAAAAAUAUAGCCGCCAAAACAAGACAAAACCAAGUAAUUUUUUCAUCCAGUGGUCUUACAUAUUGAACUGGUUGAAAAAUGUGCCCCUUUUAGUUGUUUUAUAUUUAACAAGUAAGG